CAGCAGCGGCAGCAACAGCAGCGUCGCCUCCACACUCAGCGGCACAAGCGGAUGUCUCUGUCACGGGACCGACACAAGCUACGGGCUCUCAAUCAGAGGCGGCUUUGUCUUCCCAUGAGCCGGAAUCUGAGCCGCCGAUGAAACGCAGCCGGGUCAGCGAUCUACUGUCGCCGGACGAGUGAGUCUUUGCGUAAUCUAUGUGCUUUUACCUUACUAUGAUGCCCAUAGACUGUAUAAUUAAUGUUGAUGAGUGACACGGCCUGGAUCUGAAAUGUCGGAAGUGCCGCGGUCGCAUUCAUCGAUGGAGUAUAAGUAGAAGUAGAAGUAGAAGUAGAAGUACAAGUAGAUAGACUUACUCCAGUGCAAUACAAGUGGACAUCCACCAUGUCAACCACCACAGACCAAAGCACACCGGCCGUCCUCAAAGGCGCCAACACAAGCGCAUACCUUCCGCCUACUUUCGAUGACCCGCACAAGCACCGACAAUGGAUCAAGGAACACAUGGCCGCAGGUUUCCGCUACCUGGGCGCAGAAUCCUACGGCAAGGAAGGCGUCGCAGGUCAUGUGUCUGUGGAAGACCCCGUCAUGCCCGAUUGCUACUGGAUCAAUCCACUCAUGAAGCACUUCACUCUCAUGAAGGCUUCCGACCUCGUCCUUAUUGAUAGUGCCGGUCAGAUUGUGCGUGGUCAAGGCGGCAACGAGAAUGCACCCAUCAACACCGCUGCAUGGUCUAUUCAUGGCGCCAUCCACAGACUGCGACCCGAUGUGAAGGCAGCCGUGCAUUGCCACUCCAUUGCCGGCAAAGCGUGGAGUACACUGUGCAGACCCCUCGACAUCACCACACAAGACUCGACCGUCUUCUACAAUGACCAUGCCGUAUACAAGGACUUUGGCGGUGUUGCCUUUGGACAGGAAGAAGGCGUGCGUAUUGCAGAAGCAUUGGGAGACAAGCGUGCCUUGAUCUUGCAGAACCACGGCCUAUUGACGUGUGGCCAGACGGUAGACGAAGCAGUGUACUUGUUUGGCGUCAUGGAUCGUUGCUGCCAGGUACAAAUCAUGGCAGACCAGGCAGCCGCUAGCCUCGGAGUUGUGACGGAGAAGAUCAGAGACGAGGAGGCCUUUGAGACGUGGAAGAGCAUUGGCACUGCGAAUGCCAACUACCUGAGCUUCCAGCCAGAGUUUGAGGUCAUUGAUGUACGUUCACAGGGAGACUUUCGUCUUUAGCAGUGGUGAGAUCUCAUAGCAGUCAAUAGUCAGUCAAAUAGCAGCAGAACAAUACUGGUAGUCCUGGUAGUCCUGGUAGUCCUGGUAGUCUGAUACUCGACGUCACUGCGCGCACAAAACUCAUCAACCAGCUGCAGAGCUCCACCACACACAAAAGCAUCUGACCAUGUCAAAUCAACAGCCGGCGCCGGCCAAGAAGCUGGGUC